AUGUCCCACCACCGCGAGCCGCUCUUUUUCUCCGCCUCCCUCUCGCCCUCGCCCGAGCCGGCCGCCAAGCGUCCUCGCCUGGCGGAGGCUGAGGUGGUGGCUGCCCCCAUCGAGACCGAGACCGAGGCUGCUGUCCCCGGCACGAGCGCGAACGCGAACGCGAGAUCUAUCGAGAACGAGAACGAGAAAGCGGACGGCAAGCUCUACCUCACUUCACCUGAGGUCGAAGAAGAGCUGAUGAAAACGGUUGCCCUCAUCCGCAGAUACAAGAAAGCUGGUCUGAGAGCCCCCAACGACAUCUGGACAUUCUAUGCUGUCGAGCGCCUCCUGGAGCCUCUCCGCCAGGAGCAGCUGGCCAUGAUGCAGGAGAAGAGCGGCGGUGAGAAGAUGGACGUCGACGAUGAAGAUCUCGGCAAGCACACGGCGCAGAAAAGCAGCAAGGGCAAGGAGAAGGCGAAGCCCACAACUGUGGCGAAGGGCAAGGGAGUCGGGAGGAAGAAGGCGAGCGAGAAGUAG